GGGACAGGGUAAAGGAGAGGGAAGUGCAAUGGAAUAGCAGGGUUUGACUGCUUGCAUGGGGAAUUGAAAUACCAUCUGGUCCUCAUUUACACUGUCUCUAUCUCUCUCUCUCUCCCCGACUGCUCGCGUGGAAAAGAAGCAAGGAUAUCUCGCCACAUCUGUCCCACUUUUGACUUUUCAAAGUUUGGGGGCGGGGGAGGGGAAACAUUUUUUGUUUUGUUUACCUAAAGGAGUACAUUGCAAGAAGGGGGCCAGAGAGUCGAUUGUUCUUUCUUGAGGGGAAAAAAGAUUAUUGACACCGACAUACUGAGCUGGAGUCUGGAAGUGACGAGACCAUUUCCUAAGUAACAGGGAAAGAAUGGCAUUCAUUAGAAAAAUUAAUCAGGGCUUGCUGUUCCUAGUCAUUCUAAUGUUUUGCCUGGUCCUUUACAACAAAUUUCACAAAUUGUCACCUUACAAAGAGGAAACAGCUGAAGAACCUGAGUCUCCAACUGUCCACACGACAGGCCAUACCAUGAAACAGAGCAAUGUUCCUGCUACUGAUGAUGUUUCCGCUCCCAAUGAUGUGAUCCCAAUUAUAAUCUGUGCUGCUGAAGACCGAUUGGGUGGAACAAUUGCAACAAUCAACAGCAUCUAUAGCAACACUAAUGCUGAUAUCAUUUUCUACAUAAUUACACUGAGGGACUCUCUCGUUCAUAUUAGCAAGUGGAUUGAAAACACAAAGCUGAAAGGCAUCCACUACAGAGUGAUGGAAUUCAAUGCUGCUGUGCUGCAGGGGAAAGUAAGGCCAGACUCAGCGAGACCCGAGUUACUACAACCUCUCAACUUUGUCCGAUACUUCAUUCCAUAUCUUAUUCGUGAUCAUGAAAAGGUGAUAUACCUGGACGAUGAUGUUAUUAUACAAGGUGAUAUCCAGGAUUUGUACAACACUGUGUUGAAGCCUGGCCAUGCUGCUGCCUUCUCAACAGACUGUGAUCUGACCUCAACUCACGAGAUGGUCAGGAGUAUGGGAAUGCAGACCACAUAUAUGGGACAUUUGGAUUACCGGAAGCCAACUGUCCGAGAUCUAGGGAUAAGUCCCACGACCUGUUCGUUUAAUGUUGGUGUGUUUGUUGCAAAUGUUACAGAAUGGAAACGACAGCGGAUUACUAAGCAAUUGGAAAAAUGGCUGGUGGCUAAUGUCGAGGAGAAUCUGUACAGCAGUGCACUAGCUGAAGGAGUAGUGACCCCUCCUAUGUUGAUAGUAUUUCACAACCAACAUUCCUUAUUGAACCCUUUAUGGCAUAUUCGACACCUCGGCUGGAGUCCUGAUGCCAGAUAUUCAGAACACUUCCUUUCUGAAGCUAAAUUACUACAUUGGAAUGGAAGGUAUAAACCCUGGGAUUAUCCCGCGGCUCAUGUGGAAUUUUGGGAAAGAUGGUAUCUUCCUGAUCCAACAGGACAUUUUAGAUUAGUACGACCUAACAAUUAGGAGCUCUAUCAUGUAUAGAAUUUUUAUCUCAUUCCUUUGUCCAAAGGCAUGCUGUGGUUUAAGCUAUUAAGUCUCCAAAUGUCUGAUAUGUUUCUGUGAAUUAAAUGACAGCAGAACUUACUGCAACAGAAUUAAGAUAUCAGAUUAAAAAGAUAGUUAUUCAGUAUUAUUUAGCAAAAAAUGUUUUCACUUCAGAAAAUGUAAUCUUGCACAGUAACAGUACUUUCAGAAGAUGUGUUAUUUUGAUAUUUUGCCAAAUUGAACUCUAAGCAGCAGAAAUAUUUUUACGACCAUAACCUUUUUGAGGGACUGCAAAAACAGCUUCAUAUUUGCUUUUGUAUACUUUAGGUAAGAUUAGUGAUGUACAGUGUGAAAUGUGAACUGUGGACAGGUCUCGCCUCAUUUUCACUAGGUUUUUAUAAUUUAGAAAUGUAACCUUUAUAAUAGUAUACAUCUGGAAUAAAGAGCAAUAACCUUAUUGUUACAGCAGGAACUUUCAGGGAUGAUAUUAGGAAGCAUGUUUUUUAUUUAAAGGAAAUCUGGAACUCUCCAGAAAUCUGGGAAAUCACUGAAAAUUACAAAGCUGGGUAUUGAUAAAGAACUUGUUUUAAAAGUGCCACUGCAGUGAUAUUUUCUAAAAAAAACUGAAUAACUUACUCCAAACAUUGCAGCAUAACCUCAAUACAAAACCCAACUGUAAUCAAUAGUAAAGAUGCAACAACAGCUUCACAAAAUCCUUUAGAUUUGUUUUGAAUAGGUUUGUGGCAAAUUAUACUGUCUAAGUAUGAAAAUAUCAAAGCGUUCAUAAAAUAAAAGGGCAGCUAGGUACAUAACACAAGAAUAACAUAUUCCUCUGAUUGUUACUGCAUUAAGCUUGGUACUCCCUAACACUUCCAAACUGCAAAGAAACUAUGUAAGUCUCAUGUUAAAAGAUUGCAAUUGUUACUUUUUCUCUCUGACAUAUGGAUUUGAAAAUAAAAGUUAAAGUCAUCUCA